AUGAACAAUUAUUCCAAACUAGAGCGAAUACCACUUCCAGUUCGGAAAAGUGCAGGGCCAGGAAUGAAAUCACUUGCCCUAGAAUGGAACACGGAAGGAACAUAUCUAGCAUAUACCUGGUCGGACAAGAGCAUAUUUGUGUCGAAAUUUGACCCCAUCAAGUGCACAUGUGAAGAAUCCAUGAAUUAUGCAAACGCAGCACCAAAACAGAUCAAUUCCAUUUCAUGGAAUCCCAGAGCCCCUACACAGUUUGCGACUACCAGCAACGACAACAAGAUUAGGGUGUUCUCCAUAGAGGAUUCAUCUAUUGUUUUUGCCUCCGAGUAUGCCUCCGAUUCGGUAGCAGAAUUUACCAACGUGAAAUUUUCACCCGACGGUGAGUACUUGGCAGCAUUUUCCACGAAGAAAGCGAUAACAGUGUUUGAAGUGGAUGAGAAAUUUGGAGUUCCUAAGUUUGUACUGGUUGCAACAUCUCCAUACUUGUCCAGAUUUCGGGAUUUCGAUUGGUCAUACACGGGUCAUCGGAUACUUGUCGGUGAUUCGUGUGGGUUUGUUGAUGUUUUCGAAUUGGUGGACAAAGACGGCAAGAUGGAACUUUCAACAACCAAAAAGGGCACUCAUAUCAGCAGCUGUGCCAUUGGAAAGAUAUGCUCGAGGGAUUCUGCGAAAUGGUUUAGCUUGGUAUUAGAUAAUUCGGAGGUUUUGCUGGUAGAUACCGAGUAUAUGGUCGUCGUUAAGCAGUUCUCGAAUUUUGGCUCUUCGUCGACAGUGAGACUACUUGAAUCCAAGCUUUUAACCCCAGGCCAAAAUGCGUUUGAGGGUAUAGACGGCACAAGCAUAGCUGGAGAGGCUGAAUUAGACGAUCCAUACGGGAAAAUUGUGUUUGCUGUUUGUCCCACAUAUGGGGGCCAUACAAUAUUGUUUGACAGCGAGGAAUCGAAGCCAGGAGAUGCUACUCAGUCGGUGAAGGAGCUAGAGUAUGAUAUGUUUCGGUUCAAUCUGGUUAAUCCGAAGGUAUCUGCCGGGAUUCGUGGUUUAACUGUGAAUGCAUUAGUUCCGGGUGACUCAGUGGGUGGAAAAAACAAACGGAAGCAAGAGAAUGAGAAGCAGAAGAUGGAGCAGAAGGUAGAGCAGAAGGAUCAGAAUAGAAAGAGAGAGAGAGAAGAUAGUAGAGAUAGGUAUUAUAUGUAUAAUAGCAUGCCAGCUGACAGAGAUAGACAAGGCAGCAGGAAAUAUGAGAGAGAGAGAGAUAUUCAAAGGGGAGGUGAUGGCAGAUAUGGCCGAGGGAUGGUGGACAGAUCACGUGAUAGAGAAAGGAAUAGGGAGAGGGACAGAGAUAGAGACAGAGAUAGAGACAGAGAUAGAGAUAGGGAUAGAGACAGGGAUAGAGACAGAGACAGAGAUAGGAGAAGUGACAUUGGCAGAAGAAGAGAUGGCGAUAAUUAUAGAGAUAGGAGAAGCAACAGAGGACCGGACUAUGAUAGAGAUAGAGGUGUGAAGAGAGGAAGAGGGCAGAAUAGCGGUGGAUAUCAUUCCGAUCGGAGUGCCAAGCGGCCAAGACUGCACUAA